CAGGAAAGACAGAAUCAUAACCCACAUGGAGGAGCAGCUGCAUGUGUGCAUCUGUGCGUUCUCCUAAAAUCUGUUCAGGCAUUCGUCUCCAGGUUGAAGUAGUAUGUAAAGCAACGCGGGAUUUUUGUUUGAAAAAUCUGUUUUUUUUGUUUUAUUUUACAGCUUUCAGUCAGGCUGCUGAAAAACAGAAAGCGCGCAACUUCUUUAGGAGACUGAGACGCGCUUCUUAAGUUUGGAGAGGAGAGAGCGCGCUGCAGAUGGCUGCUCUCAUCAGCGCGUACUCUUCGUGGCCGGAGUCUUUCGAGUGUCCUCCAGGAGACGGAGAUGUUCCCGACGCUCAUGUCUCGCACAGGACUCCCGUGGACAAGGCGCCGGAGCCGCGGAUCAGGCGGCCCAUGAACGCGUUCAUGGUGUGGGCCAAAGACGAGCGCAAACGGCUGGCGGUUCAGAACCCAGACCUGCACAAUGCAGAGCUCAGCAAAAUGUUGGGAAAGUCGUGGAAAGCCCUGACUCCCCCUCAGAAAAGGCCGUAUGUGGAGGAGGCAGAGAGGCUCAGAGUGCAGCACAUGCAGGACUAUCCCAAUUAUAAGUAUCGGCCCCGCAGGAAGAAACAGCUCAAACGCAUCUGCAAGAGAGUGGACCCUGGUUUUCUCCUGAGUGGGCUGGCCCCUGACCAUGGUCCCCUGCCUGAUCAGCGAGCCCUCAGUCACCCACUGGACAAAGACGAGGGCAGCUCUAAUGGAGUCGGCGGUGGCUUCUCAGGCUCCAGCCCUGCUCUGCCCAGUGUGAGAACCUUCAGAGAGCCUGCUGGCUCCAGCAGCAGCUUUGACACCUACCCGUACGGCCUUCCCACACCUCCCGAGAUGUCCCCCUUAGAUGCCAUGGACCACGAGCACAUGCCUCCGACCUAUUAUUCAACAUCUGGUAGCUCUUCGGUCUCAUCCACGGCCUCCUGUCCAGAUGAACACCACCAGAAUCAGAUGCACAUGGGCAGCCCACCUCCUUACCACACUGACUACACGCAGACCCAAAUCCACUGUGGGGGCACAAUCUUAGGUCACAUCCCUCACAUGUCCCAAACUGGAAGCAGCGGUGGACUGAUCCCUGGCCCUCCCCUGUCCUACUACAGCUCCUCGUCAUUCCCGCAGAUCCACCAUGGGCACCCCCAGGGCCACCUGGGUCAACUGUCCCCGCCACCAGAGACUCAGAGUCACUUGGAGACUUUAGACCAGCUGAGCCAAGCUGAGCUUCUGGGUGAGGUGGACCGUAAUGAGUUCGACCAGUACCUGAACUCCACUGGGGGUGGUUUCCACCCAGAACAACCUGGUGGCAUGACUGUAACUGGACACAUCCAGGUGGCAUCGACCACCACCACCUCUGCUGCAGCAUGUCCCAGUAGCACCACGGAAACAAGCCUCAUUUCCGUGCUCGCAGACGCAACGGCGGCCUACUACAACAACUACGGCAUCUCAUAAGCACGCUCGUCGCACUAACAGACUUGAGACUAAAUAAAGAUACUGAAAGACUGUAAAGAUAGUUUCAGAGAUGAAGGAUAAUGUUGCAGUUUUUAGCAUCUACGAACAACUUCCUCCAAUCCUAAAGAGCUGAACUGAUAACUGAGCAAUAUGUUUGUCUGGAGCCGAGUGUGAACAACAAGCAAUGAGAAACAAGAAGAUAUGGAGAUGGACACCUCAGGGAUGCAGACACAGACUACUAUAGAAUGCCACCUCCAGUUGUUUCUAAAUUUCUAACAUUAGUGCAACAAUCGUAAAAGUCUUGUUUAUUCACCAAUUAAUGUAGCUACAGAGGCAUGUGCAGACGCUCUUUAAAAGCUAAUUUAAGUCCGUUGAUGUUUUGUUUUGCAUAAAUGUAUUGCUGUUAUCGAUGCUUUUCCAUUUGAAUGUUGGCUUUUGUUUUAUCACUCUCAUCAGUUUGGGAGUCUUACCUCAGUGGUUGUAAUUGAAAACAGUUUUAGUUGAACAUUUCUUAUGCAAUUAAACUAAGUUGUGUAUAUUGAAGAAAGGAAGGCAUUUUUUUAACAACUUCUCUAGUAAUAUAGUCAUAUAGUCAACAUCCUCAUUGAAAAAUAACAGUAAAUUUAAGUGUAUGCUGAUUUAGAUUCAUGAAAGACUGUAAAAGUUUGAUUUUUAUAUUAUAACGAUACCACAAGAGAACAAAUGUUGUUCAUUGUAAUUAAAAGAAAAUACUGGAAAUAACUGAUAUAUGAUGAGAUGCCGCCACAUAGAUUGACUAGUUGCCUAGAAUAAAGAAUAAAAGAAUAAAACAUUA